AUGGCUGAGAUGAAGCUGAUGAAAAAGGAGGUGCGGGACGGCCCUGCACUGCUGCUGCCGCUGCUCCUUCACCUGCACGACCAGGACAAGAGCGUGGCCAAGGGAGGGAGGGGGGCGAGGAGGGGCUGUCCCGGCGGGGUGGCCGCCGUCGCGCGUUUCGCCGCGCCUUUUCCCGUGUUGAUCCGCCCGGUCCCGCAGGUCCCGAACGCCCAGGGCAGACCGCGGACGGCGGCCGGCCGGCCCGCCGACGAGGAGGUGUCCAGCGACUCCGAGACGGAGAGCCUGUCCUUGGGGCGGCGGCGGCGAGAGGCGGCGGCGGCGGAGGAGGAGGUGGAGGAGACGCCGCAGGAGAAGAAGCUGCGCCUGGCCAAGCAGUACCUGGAGGAGCUCCGCCAGCUCGAGGAGGAGCGGGCGGAGGAGGAGGAAACCCAGCCAGCGGAUCUCAUCGGCGACCGACUGAACGAGGACGUGCUCGAGCAGAAGGGCCGGCUGCAGCGCCUGGUCGCCAAAGAUGUGCAGCCUCCGGAUCCAGCCAGCAUCCGUGUGCUGCGGGGACACCAGCUGCCUGUCACCUGCCUGGUCAUCUCUCCCGAUGACAGGUUCAUCUUUUCUGCGUCCAAGGACGGCUCCCUCAUCAAAUGGGAGGUGGACAGCGGGAAGAGGCUGUGUGUGGUGCCCGGGGGGAAGAAGGGCACAGAGGAGCGGCACAUGGGACACGCAUCCCACAUCCUCUGCAUGGCCAUCUCAUCGGAUGGCAAGUACCUGGCCACAGGAGACAGGAACAAGUUGAUCAUGAUCUGGGACACAGCCACCUGCAAGCGCCUGCACAUCUUCACAGGGCACCGUGACGCUGUCUCGGGCCUGUCCUUCCGCAAGGGGACACACCAGCUGUACAGCGCUUCCCAUGACCGCUGUGUCAAAGUCUGGAAUGUGGCAGAGAACGCCUAUGUGGAGACCCUAUUCGGGCACCAGGAUGUCAUCACGGGGCUGGACAGCCUGAGCCGGGAGUGCUGUGUGACGGCAGGGGGACGGGAUGGCACCGUGCGGCUCUGGAAGAUCCCUGAGGAGACACAGCUCGUGUUUUCUGGGCACCAGGGCUCCAUCGACUGUAUUCAGCUCAUCAAUGAGGAGCACAUGGUGUCCGGCGCCGAUGACGGGUCUUUAGCCCUCUGGGGGCUGACGAAGAAGAAGCCUCUGGCGCUGGCUCGGCAGGCACACGGCAUGCAGGAUUCCCAGGGCCUGGAGCAGCCCUACUGGAUCUCAGCGGUGGCCGCCCUGCGCAACAGUGACCUCCUGGCUACAGGAUCCCACAGCGCCAGCGUGAAGCUCUGGAAGUGUGGUGAGGGAUUUCGGAAGCUGGAGCACCUCUGGGACAUCCCCUUGGUGGGCUUUGUUAACAGCCUCAAGUUCUCGUCAUCUGGUGACUUCCUGGUGGCUGGCAUCGGGCAGGAGCACCGGCUUGGACGGUGGUGGAGAAUCAAAGAAGCCAAAAACAGCAUCUGCAUCAUCCCCCUUAAACAGAGAGCCACAACCUCUGGCCCUGAAUCUCCUGGCAGCUCCUAGCCCCCCGAUCGUGAAGCAGGUCAUUCUGUCCCUGGAGCUGCACCUUGAUGCAUCCUUGGUGCAGCCACCCCCCUGGGGCUGGCAGGCUGUGAGUAGGGGGUGUCACACAGCCUUGCUGGCCCCCGUGUUGUGAUGUGGCUCUGCCCUCUGCGAGGGUCUGUCCCCUUCCCUCAGGUUCGGCCGGACCUGAGCUCUGGAACAGUCCAUUUUGUAAAAAAAAAAACCACCAAAACGACUUUAUUUACAUAAAUU